AUGACCCUGGAAUCCAUGAUGGCGUGUUGCCUGAGCGAGGAGGCGAAGGAAGCCAGGCGGAUCAACGACGAGAUCGAAAGGCAGCUCCGCCGGGAUAAGAGGGACGCACGCCGGGAACGGAAACUGUUGCUUCUCGGCACUGGUGAGAGUGGAAAGAGCACAUUCAUUAAACAGAUGAGGAUCAUCCACGGUACCGGUUACUCUGACGAGGACAAAAGAGGUUUCACCAAACUGGUCUACCAGAAUAUCUUCACGGCCAUGCAGGCUAUGAUCAGAGCUACAGAGAUGCUCAAGAUCCCCUACAAAUAUGAGCUCAACAAGGGUAAUGCCAACAUUGUGAGGAAGGUGGAUGUUGAAAAAGUGACCAUGUUUGAAAAUCCAUACAUAGAUGCAAUCAAGAGCUUAUGGAAUGACCCAGGCAUCCAGGAGUGUUAUGAUCGAAGAAGAGAAUAUCAGCUGUCAGAUUCCACAAAGUAUUAUCUUAAUGCAUUGGACCGAAUUUCAAACCCAGCCUACCUUCCCACCCAGCAGGAUGUAUUGAGGGUUCGAGUCCCGACAACAGGAAUCAUUGAAUACCCCUUUGACCUGCAAAGUGUGAUAUUCAGGAUGGUGGACGUUGGGGGUCAGAGGUCGGAGAGGAGGAAGUGGAUUCACUGCUUUGAAAACGUCACAUCCAUCAUGUUCCUGGUAGCACUCAGCGAGUACGACCAAGUGUUAGUGGAAUCAGACAACGAGAACCGGAUGGAAGAGAGCAAAGCUCUGUUUAGAACAAUAAUCACGUACCCCUGGUUCCAAAACUCCUCUGUAAUUCUGUUCCUCAACAAGAAGGACCUGCUGGAAGAGAAGAUCAUGUACUCCCACCUGGUUGACUACUUCCCAGAGUACGACGGUCCUCAGAGAGACGCCCGGGCAGCACGAGAAUUUAUCCUGAAGAUGUUCGUGGACCUGAACCCAGACAGUGACAAGAUCAUCUACUCUCACUUCACCUGUGCCACUGACACAGAGAACAUCCGGUUUGUUUUUGCCGCCGUCAAAGACACCAUCCUGCAGCUCAACCUGAAGGAGUACAACCUGGUGUAGAGCGGGGUGGGGCUGCCAAUCACUGGCUCUGCAAACACACACAAACACACUGACUGAUGCAAUUUGUGAAUUGAACUCAUGUCAAAACAGACACACAUGCAUAUGUUAAUUUAUUUGCCAUUUGUUGAUCUCUUGGUCCCCGAGUUGUGAGCAGAGGAAAACUCCUGCCCUUUGAAGAGUUGAUACAAUUUUUUAAAGCAGGAGAGAAGGAUAUUUGGAAGGUUGUGGAAGACUUUGCUGUUUGGUUUGUACAACAAUGACUUUAAGCUUUGUGCAUUGUGAAGUUUUUCUGUUGGUUUUUUGUUUGUUUGUUUGUUUGUUUUUUUCAGAAAGAAAGAAACUACUUAGUGCACUGGAGGUAACAGGGGCUUUUUGUCUCAGUCUGAAUGAAUGCAAAAUCCAACAACCCUUCUCCCAACCCUCCUUUACCUGUGGCUUUAUUCUGAAGAUUUGUUAUGGAUUUUUGGCCCAAAACAGGAAAUUAUGUAACACAUGUCUGAUUAACAGCUUCCUUUUCCUCUUAAAAACAAUUGAUGAGUAAGUGUUGAUGAGUCGACAUAAACUGUGAUGUUUAAAUUAUUUCCUAAUAAUUUGUUACUGGUUGACUUAAAUCAUCAUCAUUAUUAUUAUUAUUAUUAUUAUUAUUACAUUGCAUUGACUUUGGUAUCAUCUGAUGAGAAGGGCACACGUGACCAUGAAAAGACACAUUUUGGAAAUAUUUGCAGUGACCACUUUACACAACUGAGCUAAAGGAGAAACUUGGAUAUGCAAGAGAAAGCUGGCCCAGGAGAGAAGCACAGGAACCACCGCUUUAUCACAUCAGGACAGAGACUGAUAGCGAGGAGGUAAUUCUUACAGGAGAAGGAAGAGGAGGAGGAGAAGGAGGGGAUAAUUUAUGUUGGACUUAAUUUAUGUGCCACAUUAACGCUUUUUCAACUAUGACUGUGUGUACAUUUAUUGCCAAUGCCAAAACAAGUCAUGGACCCGGCUCCACUCUGUGCCAUUUACUUCUGUGAAAGGAAUGAAAAGUGUUGAAGAGGACGGACCAGGACGAUUAAAUAUUGAUCAAUCAACAAAAUGCAAUUGAUAUAGGUUUUCCACCAAGUUGAUGGUAUUACACGUACACACACACAUUUGUACAGGUGUGUGUUGUGCUCUGCAGCAAUGGAGUAUAUGUGGCCACUUCCUCAGUACCAGGGCAGUGUUCUACCAAAGUAAGACCUUCAUGUUUCUGAUUGACCCAUCUGUCUUUACAGAUUCCUAGUUCCCCACAUACUUUUUUUUGUGGGGGGGGGUAACACUAUUCUAGACCGUACGCCUGUAAUUUUACAUUUAUUGAGGCAUAGUGCAAUUAUGAAUGCUAUAAUUAUUGUACAUACAUCUCUCUCUCUCUCUCUCUCUCUCUCUAUAUAUAUAUAUAUAUAUAUAUGUCAGCAUCUUUGUUGGCUUUGUAAUCAUUUCCUUUUUGGCAGAUUGAAUGUGCCGUAUUGAAAAUAUGUAUCUAUGUAAUUGUAUGUCCAAUGAAAAUUUCAUUUUUUGGAAAAUAAGAAGA